CGUUGAACAGUUCCCCCGGGUCCCCCCGUACACGACGUCGAAACGGUUUCUGGUUUUCUGCAGACGUCUGACAAUCCAGUGGAGUCAGUCAAGCCAGGGAAGCUCCGUGCUUAAAAGAAGCACCGCCGCGACUUUUUCCGUAUACCUUUUGCCCUUUAGUCUGGGGGAGAUUAACGUCCAUAUUUUGUCGUGUCCCGUUCGUUUUUAUUUGCCGUCAAGAUGUCCUUCUCCAAGGCGAAACUGUUGAGGUUCAAUGAAGAAAUGACUUGUGCCCCACCACCGGGGAAAUACGAUCCCAAGUUUGAUUCGAAAAUAAAAGGCGCUGUGAUCGAAAAGAGUAAAAGAUUCGCCGAGGUGAAGGUAGAGCCGGCUCCUUCCGUCUGCAGCUUGGACUCCGGUUCAUCGUGCUCGCUUACGAACAAGCCUACAUUUAGGACGCCACAGCUACCAAGAAAAAAGCCAAUUACAACUCCCAAGUCGGCUAUUGAAACCGGGAAGACCUAUACGCCUUCUAUAGAAACUAAAACGAAAAGGAAGCUCGAUGAUAUUUUCAAGUUUUCAACCGAAAAGAAUCUCAUCGAACAGAUUGACGAGCUGACAAGAGUACACUCUGCGCAGCUGAUUGAAAAAGAUCAGGAGCUUUCGUCCCUGUAUAACGAAGUAACCAAGCUUAAAAAUACCAUUGUCAAACUGGAGAAUUCUCGUGAAAUAGAUUACAAUACGAUGAAACAGAAAUAUGAUGUUGAAAUGAACAACAUCAAAACAGAGCUUGAUGAAGCGCAUAAUCUGCUCGAGAGGGAAAGUUCGCACCAUGAAGAGUUAAUACAAGAGUUGACAAACAAGAUAAGCAUUUUAGACGAAAAUUUAAAAAAUAGCAAUUCUUUCAACAGUGAAUUGGAAUGUCAAAUGUCUGAGAAACAAUCGGCGCUCGAUGAAUUGAAAAAUCGGUACGCAGUCUUAGAAGAAGAGUUGCAAUCGAUGAGAGAAGAAAUGGCGAGAGUUGUAGAAGAGAAAGAAACGGAAAUCACUAAUAUUAAAGAAAAUUUCAAAAAACAAUUAGAAGAGUUGACAAUGACAAGUGAACACACCAUCGAGAGCUUAUCUGAGAAAAUGGAAGAAAGAUACCUCCUUCUCGCAAAUGAACUAGAACAGAUGAAAAUCGAUGACCAAGAAGACCUUUUCAGGAAGAUGGAGUUACUAACUUCUGAAGUCAAAGAGAAAGUGAUGUUGUUCGAUUCUCAAGCAGCCGAAGCGUUCGAUGCCGUGAAGAACAUAACAGAAAAUUUCGACGAAAAAUCAAAGGAUCUGAUCGAGUCGUUGAACGACUGCGCAAAAAUCAACUGUGACAAGCUUAACGAGGUCAUCGAAUUGAGUGAAAAUCUAGAAGCCCAAAAAGUCAGAAACCUCAAACAGAAGAUCGAAAUUGUAAAUCUUGAAGAACAGAUUGAAACGCUCAAAGAGCAAGUGGAGAAACUGAAAAAACAAUGCAGGAAGUACGAGAUAGUGCAGAGCGAAGUUACAAAAACUAUACAAGUACUGAGCACUAGGCUCUUUGAAAGUGAAAGCGAAGUCGAGAACAUGAAUGAGACUAAGGAAGAGCUUAUACUAAGAAAGAACGCUCUCGAGGAAAAGAUAAAUGCUUUGAGAAGUGAGAAUGAAGAUCUUAGAGAAAAGAUUUCUGACCUUGAAGUCAAUCUUAUAAAAGAUGUCAUGGAAGUUGAAAGGAACCUUAUUUCAAAAGUUGAAAAUUUCCAAAAAAGCACAUGCAAUGAAUCUUCAAAGCUGAAAGCUCAAUUAGAAGAAAAACAGAAAUCCGUCGAAGGACUCCUGUUAGAAGUGGAAACAUACCAAAACAAAGUUUGGGAGUUGAAUGAGCACAAACUCUUCUACGAAGAAAUCAUCACUAAAUGCAAAGAGGAAAUUGAAUCUCUUUCUUACAAGUUCAAAGAUGUUGAACAGCGCUAUAACAGGCUUGAAGAGUUGAAACGUGUGAGUGAUGAUAGAGUAAAUGAAUUAGAGAAAAAUAUGAACGUGCUGAGAGAGGAAAAGGCCAUCUUGGAAAAUGAAUGUCAAGAUAAGGUCUUGGAGAUUAACAAUCUCAAACUUGAAAUUGACCAGUUGAAAGACAAAUUGAUGAAAGUAGAAAACGAUAUAGCCCAGAUGGAAGAAACCGGCUUUGAACAUGAAAAACACAUCGAAGAGCUUGCAAUGCAGCUCAAGCAUUACACCGACUGCGGUCUCAAAUCCACGAAUCAGAUAAACAGUCUGACAAACCAACUCAAAGAAAAACAGAUGGAGUUGGAUAAAGCACAAGAAGAAUUCACCGAAAAAGAUCUGAAAAUUGAAACGCUCUCUGCUGAAUUGUCAGAGAGUAAAAUGUACAUACAGACUAUGACUGAGCACGUUGUCGCUCUUAUGGGCGAAUUAUCGGAAAAGACGAGAGAGGUUGAAAAUCUCAUGAAUGAGAUAGAAAUGAAAAAUGGGACAAUGGUCCAAGUCUCAGAGGAAUACGAAGAGAUCAAGAAAAUGUACGAGGAUGAAGUGAAGAAGUGUGAAGAGAUGGAGAAGGAACUCCAUGAUAUGCAGAGUGAUAAUGAGAAGUACGUAGACGAACUGAUCUCUGAGCUAGUUCUUGAAAAAGAAAGAUGCACAGACCUAACUCAGACAUCCGAAGAGGCCCUCUCCGAAUUAAGAGUUUUCCAGCAACAAAUUUCUCUUUUAGAAGGUGAGAAAGAAAAGCUUGCCUUAAGAGAAAAAGAGAUAGAAGAACUAAAACAAAAAAUUAAUGAAAACGAAUAUGAAAAAGUUAAAUUAAAUGACAUAAUCAACUCAUGUCACAAGCAAAUUCAAAUUUUAGAGGAAAAAUCACAAACUGAAAGUGAAGAGUUACAGAAUAAAAUCAAUUCUCUCGAAGCUAGUGAAAAUUGUUUGAACGAUGAAAUCUUCAGACUUAACAACUUGAACAACGCGCAUGAGAUCAGUUUAAAAGAAAAAGAAUCGCAGAUUGUUGAUUUAAAAGAAGGACAUGCGCAAUUAAUGUCAAAGCUCAGUGAGAUUAUUGCGGAAAAAGACGAUCUUGUUGAGAUGGCCAAACAUCAGUGGGAAGAGAUGGAACUACUCACGAAUGAAAUCAGCAACCAACAAGAAGAAAUUGACGACUUGAAAAAACUCAAGGAUGAUAAAUUCGAGGAGGUACGCGCUCUUCAUCAGGCAGAGCUACAGAACCAAAUCUUUGCCCUUCAGCAGAGCCUUGAAGAUACUCAGAAGGCUGUUAUCCAGCUCAAAGCCAAGGAGGAAGACCUGGUCUUCAAGCUCAAUUCAGCCGAGGCGGAUCUCACCCAGGCCGAGACGGACAAAGAGAGCUAUGAGAAAAACUUAGUCGAGCUCAACUGUAAAAUAACAGAUCUCGAGUCAAAAUUCGUUGCUAUGGAGAAGCGGAAGAAUGAGUACAAAAUGUAUGCCAUCGAGAUGGAACAGGACAAACAGAAGAUGAAACUUGAAAUUGAUGAUUUACAUGCUGAAAAUGAAAAACUUCAAGAAGAAAAACAUGAAGAUUCAAUGAGCGUAACUUCACUCAGUGCUCGUAUUGCUGACUUGGAAUGCAGAAACCAAGACCUUGAGAACAUCAUUGGACCGUUUCGUGAGCAGCUUAUUCAGUUUGAGAGCGAACGGGCUGCCCUCCUCUCCAAAAGUGAGAACACCGAAAAGGAGCUGAAAGCCCUCGCACUCGAACAUGCCAAAGCGCUCGGACACCAAAACCACAAACAGAAGAUACGUCAUGUCGUCCACCUCACGGAAACAAUCUGCGACCUUAAAAAGGAAAUGGAGAAGAUACGAGCCGAGAACAACAAGCUGAGAGCAACCAUCCUCGAAAACCAGGAGAGCACGUUGAAGAAAUCCGGCAUGGUAAAAGGCCGAAAGGAACGGGAGAACAAGGAAAACACCUUCGAAGCGACGAGCCCCCUUGUUAAGCACAAAGCCGAACGGCAGUCCAGCCCGGCCAAUCCACUAAAACAGAGGAACAUCACAUAAUCGUGAUGCAAAUCGGAAAGACAGGGGCUAAAGACUGCAACAGUAAUAGCAAUGUACUGUUUAUAGCAUACAUUAACAUUAAUGACAAUCUUAAAUAAAAAUUUCACAUAAAACAAGUUUAUUUUCUUUUUACUUUAUAUAUUUUUUAAUAUAAAAAAAAGUAAUGCAUUUACUUACAGGCUUGUUUUAUGUUCUGUGAUAUUUAAGUGUUUAUCUUCCAGUAAGCAAUUUAGCCAGUCCUGUUUUAAGCAGUCCGAAAGGAAAAAAAAUGUGAUACUAUCCAUUUCAAAAUUGAUAAAUUCUUUUUUCUUUAUUUAUUUUUUAUUAAUAUUUUUUUAUAUAUUUGUUACCAAAGCACCUAGUUAUUCAACACAAUCCUCAUUGAAAUAUAGAUGACCUGUUUGCAAACUAGGAAAAGAAAAGAGUAGUGUUUUUCAUCUUUUCUUGAUAAUACAAAUGAGAUAUAUUUUAAAAGAAAAAGGUUUUGUUUUUGUGUAAUAAAUUGCUUAUAUAUAUAAUUUGUACAAAUAAAGAAUAUGUGCGCACUUUUCAA